AUGUCCGCAGACACCACGCCCAUAUCCCCCGCGCGCUUCGCCUCCGCAAUCAAAGACCUCUCCCUCGGCAUGCUUCACCUCAAGGUCCUCGAAAUCCGCAACUCCAUCGCCCACCUCCAGUACUCAAACGACCAGCUCAAGCCCUUCGCAGACGGCACCUCCGCCGCGCUGGGCGAGCCCGCCGCGGCCCCCGACCAGGACUGCAUCGACGCCAUCAAGGAGAACGAGGUCGUCAUCGAUCGCAUGGCCGAGCGUCUGGCCAUUGUUCGCGUAGAGGUUGAGGGGCGCGGCGUCAGCUGGACCGAGUUUCAGAGCCAGGACGAGGUCGAGGCAAGCACAAAUGCUGAGGGGGGUGAGGCCAACGCGGGUGAACCUUUGACGAACGGCCAAGUUGCCGACCAACCGGCGGAGACGAGGCAUUCGGCGUGGACAGACGGCACGUUCCAGACUAGCACGAUAUCCAACGGCCAAGUGCGAUUCGAUAGCCAACCGGCAGGGCAGACCACAUCAGCAGCCCAAGGCGAGACGCAAUCAACGACUCAAGGGGAAGAGAGGCAAGAUGGCCACGCUGACACUGAGGAGGAUGGUUUGCACCUAUGA